AAUUCACCCCAAUAUGUAUACGGUGUGAACUGCUUACUUGAUUCAUAAAAAAAUGAAUCGAUUUAGUCCCUCCUUUUUCGCUCCGUAGCAAAGAUGGCGAUGGUCGAGGGCUGUUAGGGUACACUCACCGUUUGGGCCGUGUUGAGUGAGUGCAACAUCCGGGUACUGGCAGUGCACUGCAAUUACUACGUACAAUGUGAGCGCACUUAUGUACUGAAAAUGCUAAGUGUAAGUACGUAAGUGUGCGAAUUGAGAUACACCUUCCUGAAUUUGGAUACAGCUCGAGCCUGCUAAACGUCGAAGGUAAAAGAGUAAACACGGCCAUGGCUCGCGGGCAGCAGAAGAUUCAGUCCCAGCAGAAGAACGCUAAGAAGGCCGCUGAGAAGAAGAAAUCUCAGGGUGCCGACCAGAAGACGGCGGCCAAGGUGGCUCUGGUCCACACGUGUCCCGUCUGCAGGACCCAGAUGCCUGAUCCCAAGACGUUCAAGCAGCACUUUGAGAGCAAACACCCCAAGUCCCCGAUGCCCCCCGAGCUGGCUGACGUUCAGGCUUGAAGGAGAACAGGCUGGUGAAAACAUUGGCACUCAGACUAACACAAACAACUACUUGGACUAAAAGGCUGACUCGUGGACCGUGAAGCACUUGGUAGUACGCACUUGGAAGUACACCCUUUGUGGACCAUAAGACACUGGGACCUGGCAGGUUAAGGACAUUGGCCAAAGUGUGUGUGUGUGUGUGAGAGAGACAGAGUAGGAGGAGGGCAGCCCAUGUUUAAAGAAAACAUAUUUAUUAUAUAAAGCAACUUGCUUGACUUGCUGAAUGAUGAUGAUGAUGAUGAUGGUGAUGAUGAUCCACUCAUGCUGAGGAGAAGAAGCGUGUUGGUUGUUCCAGGCUCUCCACCCUGGAGUCGGACAGAGAGGUGACACUAGGAAACCACUCAAGGUCUCUGCUUGCUGCUCCUCAGUCAGUCAGCGUCGUCCUCCUUGGACGCUCCUCCUUGCAUCAGCAACGCAAUAAGUUUACCUUUCAUUCUUUCAUCAGCCGCAACGUGAUUGACAGACGAGUAGUCAUGACCUUCUUUUCACAAGCAGAGUAAAAAGUGACUUUCGAUGAACAUUUCUUUCCGAAGCAUUUCACUACAUGCAGCAUUCUGUCAUGUGACCAGUCUUCACGUUUGUACGACUUUUUUAAACGACCAUGUAGCUUACAAAUAGAGACAAAUAAAAGCAGCAUGUUGCAAAAGGAAAGGUGUGUGUGUGUGUGUGUGUGUGUGUGUGUGUGUGUGUGUGUGUGUGUGUGUGUGUGUGUGCGUGCGUGCGUGCGUGCGUGCGUGCGUGCGUGCGUGCGUGCGUGCGUGCGUGCGUGCGUGCGUGCGUGCGUGCGUGCGUGCGUGCGUGCGUGCGUGCGUGCGUGCGUGCGUGCGUGCGUGUUCACUGAUAUUUAAAUAAGAUGAAGGUGGGUGCUGCCUAAAGACUUGACGUUCAUUGUGGGCAUGACAGAAGAGCGGAGCUUGACAAGGUGAACCUGGAGCAAACCUCAUGUCAUGCAACACAUCUUCAAACAACUUACAGUACAUCUGUUUAACAUUUACAUCCAAAAAUGAAGGACAUAGGCUGCACGGUGCUCGAGUGGUUAGCGCGCAGGCCUCACCCGAGUUCAAUUCCACCCUCGGCCAUCUCUGUGUGGAGUUUGCAUGUUCUCCCCGUGCAUGCGUGGGUUUUCUCCGGGUACUCCGGUUUCCUCCCACAUUCCAAAAACAUGCUAGGUUAAUUGGCCACUCCAAAUUGUCCAUAGGUAUGAAUGUGAGUGGGAAUGACAGCUGGGAUAGGCUCCAGCACCCCCACGACCCUUGUGAGGAUAAGCAAUAGAAAAUGAAUGAAUGAAGGAUGUAUUUCAUUGAUAAUUUGACAAAGAAGAAACUUGACCAUUUAGCAGUAGAUUAUAAACUUAAAGGGCUAACAUUGACAUAUACUGUUUUAUGACUAGACAGGAUUUUACCAGUGUUCUUCAGUGUACAUGCGGUGCCAUAAACCUUCCACUAGGUGGUGCUAGAAUACAUUUGUUAAACACUAGAUUUUAUGCUUUUAUUUUUUUUCCUUUACCGUAUAGUUUAGUUGUUUUCAUUUAUUUUAGACAAAGAACUAAUUCGGCUAAGAUGCUGGCUACGCACUUGGAAGUACACACUUUGUGGACCAUGAAAGACACUGGGACGUGGCAAGUUAAGGACAUUGGCCAAAGUGUCUGUAACCAGUUAAUGAGAGUUGCAAUGAGAAAUAAAUAUUAGAAAAUACUGGACUAGUAUCAGAAGAGAUGAGGUAGGACUCGGGGAAGAGGAAUCGACCUGGAUACACAGUCUUCAGCUUUGCUAGAGCGGUGGAUUGAAUAUUUACUAGGGCUGUCAAAUGAAUAACAUUUUUAAUCAGAUUAAUCAUUAAUCACCAUGUCUCACUAUUUCUGAAAUAUGCCCAUUUUACUGUAUUUUUAUUGAAAGAAAGACACAUUAUAGGACAGGAUUAUGUAUAUUUGUAUGUAUUAACAGCAACAAAAUCAAAUUAAAGAUGACACACAUGUCCGAAAAUCAAUUUACCAAACACUGCAUUAAUUAAUUGUUGCCUGAAGUCAGCUGGAAUAGGCUCCAGCUUACCCCCAUCACCCUUGGGAGGAUACGUGGUCGAGAAGAUGGAUGGUUCCUUUCCUUUAAUAUGAGAUUAUUUGAAUCAGACUUUGAAAUGUUUUAUUAUGAGCAAUGAUGCGUUGCGUUCAAGAACACCAUGUCAUUUAGGAUGUAUUCACAUGUUUUGAGUGAAUUUUAAAUGGAUCAGCAUCAUUAAAUGCAGAACAAUAA